GUGAUCCUGGGUAUGGGAUCGAAACAAUAUCGACCCUGCCAGUGAUCCGUGCUACUGUGCGUGCUGCCACCAGAGCGCACCAGAGCCACCAGGCCACCAGAGCGUAUGGAAGUAUGGAAAUGGAACAACGGUAGGAAGCCGUCGGCGUAGUCGGUGUUUUUAAGCAGCUCAGGUCGUCCUUCGCUUGUGGCUGUAUUCAAGGACGUUAUUUAUAAGUGUAUGCUGUGAAUGUUCGCAUAAUGUAUAUUAAAGUGUGUCUGAAUGGUUCCUACAAUGUACAUAUAUUUUAAUCAAAGAAAAGUUAUACAGAACAUGACUCCUACCUAAAAUGAAGAGAUUUGGUGAGAAGUAAGGAUGGCAGAAACUUUCUCUAGAAACGCGUUGAAAAUGGUAGUAGCCCAAAUUUGCCAAACAAUUGGUUGGCAUAGUAUCCUCAGUACACCUUUGGAUAUUAUGAUUGAUAUAGUACAAAGGUAUAUAACGGAAGUAGGAAAGCAUAUGCACCGAUAUAGUGAGCAGUUUGGACAUACAGUGCCUAACCUUGAUGAUGUAGGUCUUGCCUUCCGGGACAUGGGCAUAAACUUACCAGAUUUGGAGGAAUAUAUCAGGAAUGUUGAUUCUGUACCAUGUGUGUAUGAGAUUCCUAAGUAUCCAAUACCCCGGGACUCCCACCUAAACUUCUUGAAACCAGGCAGUAGAGAAGUGGUUACACGGCCAGUACAUGUUCAUGAGCACUUACCACCUAUGCAUCCGGAGAUGGAAGAGGAGGAAUAUGGUAACAAACAAGUGCCACUUUCUGUAGACACAGCUUCAUCUUCAGGAGCAACAUCUCCUCUUUCAAGCCCCAAGGGAAAUGUUUUCAAAAGGCCUGGUGAUCCUAUCUCUUUAGAGAGCCCAGCUGUUAAAAGAGCAAGGUUAAUGUUAGAGGAGGAAGGACGGCCUCUACGUGAGAUCAGCAGCGUCAUGAUGACCACAUCUGGAUUCUUGUCUCCAGCAAGAGAAGGAAAACUUCCAGAGUCACGAACUCCUUUACAGCCAUCUGACUCACGUUCAAAUUCACCUCAGCCAACCUCAUACCCGAUGGUCCCUCCUGAAGUGAAGGGUGAUAAGAAGACAAAGAAGUUGCCAUUCAAGAAAACUGUAGAUGGUAUAAAAAAGAUAGGGGAUAAAGAAAAUAAGAAAAAGGAACACAAGUUAAAGGACUUAACUAAGGUAGAAAAACACAUGCCCACAGACGAGUCAAAGGUUAAAAAGUUGGUAAGUAUGAAGGAGUUAUCCAAAUUAAAAGCCCUGAAAUCAGGAGCGCUGAAAAUGAUGGCUCAUGCAGGCACUGCAGCUGGUCCAAGUACAGGUGUUAAACCUCCAAAGCUGAGUUCACCCAAGAUAACAGCGAACAAGUCGCCUAAUCCAAAUACUCCUAAGAUUGGUAAACCUGCAGUUCAGGCCAAGACUCCAAAAAUGGAAAAGAGUUUUCCUCUACCAAUUGCAGUUCUUCAGCAAAAGAUAGUGAGUUCUGGAAAAUGCAAAGCUGCAGUAGUUGUAGAAGGGAAAUUGUCUUCAGAGCCAGACAAACAGAAACUUAAUAUCUUCAAAAAGAUUUCAAAAGUGAAAGAGGAGAAACCUGAAAAAUUAGACAAAGUGGAUAAAAUGGAACAUUCAGAGCCACCUCCCAGAGAUUCUCGUGAAAGUUCACCAGGACUUGUGAUAGAUGAAUCAGAGGUGAACAGUCGUCAGAGGGAAGCACGCAUGGCUCAGAUAGAUGACUGUAUUGAAUCUGUGAUUCAGCAAAGUAUGGAAAUAUCUAAUGAAUGCAAACCUGCUAAGGAGAGAAAAUCUCCCAUGUCUCAGGUUGCAGAAUCAUUUUCAUCUAAAGUUGAUGAGACCAUCAAUGAUGUGGUAUCAGGCCAUACCUCAGGUCCAGGCUCUGACCAUGAUGUGUAUAUGUUUGAUGAUGAUCUGUCCCCUCCUGGAACACCUUCAACUCCCAGAACACCAGAAUUACCUACACCUUCUCGAAAAGUUCAGGAUCAAAAGGAGAAAAAGAGGAAGAAAGAUAAAUCCAAGUCUAAGAAGGACUCAAAAGGGAAGUUACCAAAAGGCUCCAUCAGUCCAAAGAAAAUUAAAAUGGGACAUUCUGAACCAGAGACUCCAGACAGGCCAAAGACACCUGAGGCAUUAGAAGCUCGUGAGCAACCUCUUCCUGCCCCUGUAUUCCCAUUUUUCCCUCAUUUCCCACCAGCUCCCGGUCUCAUUCCUCCUCCAAUUGGGCAUCCUCUCUUUCCAAGAUUUCCAUUGACUCUGGGAAAGAACUUGCCACACCCUGCAAUGCCAAACCUACCUAUGCCCCCACCUCUAUUUAUGCAACCCCGGACAGAGGACAUAUCAGAACCUAAGGAUAAGCCAGUUGUGGAGAAACCUGCAUCAGUUGUCAUUUCAGCUUCACCAUUAGCACUGAAGACAGAGAAGUCAGAAAAACCACAGCCACCAGUUCCAACACUGAAAGAAAAGUCUGGUGAAAAGAAAGUAAAAGAACACAAAAAGAAGGAAAAGGAUAAGACAAAGAAGAAAAAAGAUAAGAAAGAGAGGGGAAAAGGAAAAGAAAAAGGUGAAAAAAAGAAAGUUAAAAUCGAGAAUAAAGAAAAACACAAAGACAAAUUGAAAGAGAAGAAGGAGAAAAAGGAAAAAAAGAAAGAGAAGGAGGUAGCUGCUGCAGCAGCAGCAUCAGCAGUGCCGACAUCAGCUUCAGCUAAGGUACAUGAUGAUGUAUUUGGACAGCGUGAUGAAAAAGGCGAAUCGGGUGUACCUAAAAUAACAUUCCGUUUAGGUCCAGCAUCCCCUCGCCCUCCUACUCCAGAUGCACAACCAAGGAAGAUUGUCAUCAAACCAGUAAUGAAGAAUCAAGGAGAAGGAAGUGAAUGUCCUGCUUCAGAAGUUCUGGUGAAAAGGGAACCAUCUCCUGAGUUGGCUCGGAUUUCUGCCCUAAUUACACGUCCUCCCAAACAGAAAUCAGCAAGUAAGACAACCCAACCAAAACAAGAAAAUGUUUCAGAACUAGUUGCUUCACCUACCAUAUCUAAUCCACCUCCUACACCUGGGGCUGGCUCAGUCGUGUCACCUGUGCCAACAUCUGGCUCCAGCCCAGUGUUAGCAAAAACAAAGAAAGGUGUCACAAAACCCAUCCAAAAGGUCAAGGGCAAAGAGCUGAUCAAGAAGGCAGGAAUGACAACUGAAACGGAACCUACAAAGGAACCUGUAGCAUUUUAUUAUGAUAGCGAUGGAAAUAAAGUGUGGAUUUGCCCAGCAUGUGGAGGCCAAGAUGAUGGAAGUCCUAUGAUUGGGUGUGAUGACUGUGAUGCAUGGUAUCACUGGGUGUGUGUGGGUAUUCAAGUUCCUCCAGAUGAGAAUGAGGACUGGUAUUGCCGAGUAUGCAUCGUUAAAAAGCAAGAGAAUAUUGCGGACAAAAAGAAGAAGUCCCGCAAGAAGAAAAUUCUUACGUAAGACAUCUGAUAUGAAUAUCCAUAAUAAUCCUGUACAUUACUGAGAACAUGUAGUCAUGGUGUUUAUAAACUUUAUAUGCACAGAUUAGUGUAACAUCUGUUAUGUAGGAUUAUUGGUAUUGUGAUGGAAAGUUAAACGGAAGCUUAAGUGAGAUUUGUGUAAUCUUAUACAGAUUAUUAACACACACUUCUAUUGUUAUUCAUUGUAUGUUUUGAUUUAAAAAAAAAGACAGCUUCAGGAAAAUGUAUUAUUUAACAUCGUUUUCUUGUUUGUGAUCUCAUCAUGUCUGAAAUGCAUGGUAAAUGACAAAGGUUACAUGGUGAUUUGCAUAAGAUUAUACAUAUUGAAUACACCAUGGAAUGACUGCUGCAAAGUUAAGAUUGCAUAAGAAGUUCCCUAUGCAUAGGUCUAUAUGAGUUGCACUUAGCCACAACUCCCCACUUAGGUGGUUAAGUGGCAAUAACAUCUUCUGUUCUUGGUUACGCUAGUUGUUAUUUAGCUGAAUCAGAUUACAUUAAAAUGGCAAUUUUUAAACUAAUAUCUGAAUAUUUUUUUCUUGUAGUUAUGAAAAUGUAAACAGUAUGGACACACAGAAACAGUAUAUCUCUUUAUAUUUUUUCUUGUCUUUGCCCAAACAGAACACAAUUAGCAGUUGGGAAAAAAAGAUGUUCAAAAGAGGUGAGGCAGGGCUUGGGAUGUUAAAGAUGCUGGGCAUUGAAAAAGUUUUGUCAGGUCUCAUACAAGAAUGUGCAUGAAAAUUAAAAUAAAUGCACCAGUAUCAGUAUGAUUCACUGUAUUAUUAUUUUUCUGGAGCAGUUUUCAGCUGCUAAAAGCCAGUGGUGGCUUGGGCUUUGUCGCAUAACCAGAAACUUCAUUCAGUUUGUAGUAGACAGUACCACCUGAGAGCAAUCACCUCUCCUUUUAGUUAGAUGCUUUUAUUUCUGUUUCGGCAGUUUCAUGAAUUAAAACUCAACUUCUGUACAUCAGGGGCUUCAUAACUUCCAUGCUAAUAUGCUUAUAAAGCACUGCAGUAAUAGAGUGGCCAUUAGAUAUGAAAUGAAGUGCAUGAAGUACUGUUAUGAAAAAAACACUGGAUUCAGACCUUUAAUUUUGACUGUGGUAAAAGAUUUGCUAUUUGUGUAAAACUCGUCUAAAACAGAGUAUAUUAACCCCGUCCUAUUUCAGUCAUUUUCAUCAAUGAAUCGUAAUUCAGGGUUUUGUCAGCUUAGGAGUUUUCUUUAUUUCAGUUUAAAUUUCACUGACAGUUUGUUUCUAUACUAAACUGUAUUCAGUGAAACCCACCAUUUUUUAAUGGAAUUUAUGUUCUAUAUAAAGGCAAGCAAAAUUGGAGGCUGAGUAAUUCUUCCCAAACUUUGACAGCUAAAGCAAACACCAUUAUGAUGAUGUAUUUACAACAUUCAUAACUUGAGGGAGUGGGGAUUGGGUUGCAGCCAGAAUGAUCAAAACUGAUGAAAAUAAAUGUAAUUUCUAAAGUUAUUUUAUUCAUCCCAUUAGUCAAGACUGUUGAAUUUAAUCUUGUAUGUGUUGUUUGGAGACUUUAUUGUUGUGUACAGAAAUUUCACAGUUUUCUAUAUGCAUAUGAGAAAGGGAGAGAGUGUUUAUGUAUAUGCAAGUGUGAUAUGUGUACAAAUUAUAGAUCGAAUAUUUUAUACCUAGGACAUUGUUGAUUGCAGUAUUGGGUCAGUGGCUCAGAUAUUUAUCGUUGCAUCCUAUUCUAGAUAAUGGUUUUAUAAGGGACUAUAAGUAGCAAAGAGCAGUAUCUUCUUGGGUGUGAUGCUGUGCAAUCUGGUAUAAGUUUGCUGUUGUUUUGGAGGAAGAUGCUGCUUCCAUCUUCACUGAUGAAGAUUAAGCCAAGCAAGCAGAGGAAGAGGGUGGAGGCAUUAUUGUUUCUUCAGAACAUCAGUAAACUUCCAACAGACAUAACAUCACAUCUCAAAAGAUAGUGCACUUCACAGUCACCUUUGUGAGACCCUCAAAUCUAACAUAAUAUAAAUAUAUGUUUUCUUUUGUAGUAUUUUGUAACUAAGAACAGUAAGUUGUUACCUUGCCAUAAAAUAUUGAAAGUACAUGUUGAUGUGUGACUCUUUGUAUUUAUCUUAAAUCUUUCUAAUAGAUUUUCUAUUUUAAUGUAUAUGUAUGUAUGUGCAUUUGCAUACUUUGAUGACUGUGCAUACUAAUAUGUACAUGUUAAGUAUAUGUAUUGUGUGUUUGUAAAUGUAUGUAGAAAUGACAUAGGAAAGUAAGUGUUUUAUUAUGUUCUGUAUAUAGCAAGGAGUGUGUCGUACCUUUGCUGAAUUUAUGUUUACAAUAUUGUAACGUGUCGGCUGUGUGACACAACACGAAUAAAUUGCGUGGGUCUUCAGAUUGGAAUGAAUUCGUUUAUUGAACGCUCACUUUUACUGCUUCUGCUAUAGUCAAAUGCAGAUUGAACUGUUCUCAGUGACUGCUAGAACUUCACUGUAACUGAAAAACUGUGUGGUCCUUUCAAAGCUGGACUUUUAUAAGCUGGUUUUGGAUGGAAUAGAGGGCCCCUUCCAGGGUUUGAUUUCACGUGUUCUAUGCUCAUUACCGCAGAAAUGCAUUAUUUCUGCUGUUUCAAAAACUCGUCACAGCUAUUCCUACACAACGGUCUGUUCGUAUUCCAUUUGUUGCUGGGGGAACUCAACAAUUUCCAUGUAUUCGUUGUCACGGAAGUAUAUGUUCCCAUUGUAGCCGUUGCGCAGCGAUGGACAUAAUAUAACACGUUACAGUAUUUAUUAAAAUGAAUAUUGCAGUUUUAGGCUGUAACACCCAUUAAUUUUUUUUUUAAUCCAUGAGAUCAGUACAAAGAAAGUUGUGGGACCUACAUAUGAUUUUAAACUCAGCAUAUGUUGUGAAUGGGACAGAGAAUUGUGAAUGUGUUGUAAGAAUUUGUUUUCAUCCGUCACAACAGUGAAAAUGGUAUCCAUUUACUUUUAUUAAAUAUGCUUAAUACAUCUGA